AUGGAACUUUAUCGAACAGAAGGAGAUUCUUAUGAUACAUUAAGUAACGAACAGCUUCCUAAUUUUGAUUAUAAGAAAUCUGAUAAAUAUAGAAAGAAUGCUGAAGUGGAAAAUCCUGAUGAUUAUAUUGAACCUUACUUUUUCGAUCCAUCCAUUCCAAUUAACAUAAAUAAGGAUCUAUAUAUCUCUGAGCCACAUAUCCCAAAUGCUAAAAUGAAUGUUAUUAUUAAUAAAUGCAAAGAGGCACAAGAAAUGCAACAAGAGAUACCUCCAGAUACAAAUCCACAAAGUAUUUCAUAUUGGGACUAA